AUGUCUCUGAUUCUCAGCCGGCUCUCGAGGCUCCGCCUUUUGAAACCUUGGUUGGUGGUGAGACGAUCAUCUCUUCUUCUUCUGCCCUCCAACGACUUCUCAACUUCCUUGAUGCAAAACCAAACCCCUCCUUGUGAAAUCAUCGGCGCUCAUUGGUGUGAAAUGAAACACGGAAAGCAUUUCGGAAAGCUCGUUGUUGCCUUUCUUAAUGAAGGGAAGACCACUAGUUUGGAUAAGAAGGUGUCUAGUGAGGUUGUGCAUAAUGAGUUUUUUCCUACAACGGUAUUGAUUGGGGCAUCUCAUGGGUGGGUAGCUACUCUGAACGACGACGAGGAGGGGAUUCUGUGUCUCCAAGACGAUCUAAAGCCAGUUGUAUCCGACGGAGACCUGAAACGCAUCUGGCUGCCUCCUCUUGUAACUUUGCCUCAUUGCCAAACCCAAGUCGUCACAAACGUGGCCAUGUCCACAUCUUCUCCAGAGGAUGAGGACUGUGUUGUGGCUGUCAAGUUCUUGGGUCCACAGCUGAGCUUUUGCAGACCAGCUCAGAGUAAACCGGAGUGGACCAACAUCAGAGUCGAAAACCCAUGCUUCUUCUCCUCCCCUGUCGUGUUUUCCAAGAAAGACGACAUCUUUCGCAUUACCGGAUCUGGACGACACCUGAUCGGGUCAUGGGAUCCAUGCAAACCCAGCGACAAACCAAAGCUGCAGAUGCUACGGUUUCUAAACCUUCCCAAGCUUCCGACCGCCAUAAGCGAGGUAAUGGAUUCUUGCUCCACGACCGAACACUUGAUGGAGUCAGAAUCCACGGGUGAGACUUUCUUGGUUAAGUGGUACAAGAAGACGGUGAAGAUCGACCAAGGGGUUGCCAUAAUGAAAACUAAAUGUGCAAUGGUGUUCAAGCUUGAGGAAGAAGGUAACGCUGUUUACACACAGGACAUUGGAGAUCUCUCCAUUUUCCUCUCAAGGCAUGAACCUUUCUGUGUUCCUGCUAGUUCUUUUCCCGGAUUAUCCCCUAACGCCGUUUACACCAUGGAUGUCGACGAAAGCGCAUUAGUUAAUCUGAGAUCUUUCCCCUUCAUCAUUAGUACCAUGCAUGGAGUCUAUAGGGUUCCUUACCUUAUCCCACCUCAAAAUAUAGACUAG